ACACCUAAGUCAUUGUUGUUUAUGAGCACCGUUUAACCUAACUCGCUGUGACAGAAGAUAACAUACAAAUAUGCAAAUCCAGUUCCAACAUACCUGCCACUAAAUUCAGCUCAACAAAUAACAGAGGUCCUGUUGACCAAUUGGUAUUCUAGCAAACCAAUACAAUGAUUUCUUCGCCUGCAACAAGUCCAAAAAUACAAUGAUUAAAAACCUAAUGUUUUGCCGCCUAUUCCGCUGCGAUGAAAUGGUCAAGGUCCGUUAUAUGACGUGAAUCCUGAUUGGAACCCUUGAUCAGCAGUGUAAUGAUGUUCAGGUAGCAAAACGAUGAUCUAGUGACUGAAUGGAAAUCUGUAUGUUACAAUUUAGGGGAGUGGGUUGGAAACUGCUGUGGCUUAUUCAGAAAAGUCCGUUAAGGACAGAGUAUUGUCGAAUGGUCUCAUUGGUGGCGGCGGAGGCUUGGAUUCCGUGGAGGCCUAACAGGUUUCUACUCACAUUUGCAGGAGGCUAGCUAGCAAUCAGAAGAAAUCCGUGUAGGGGCCUUAUUUGGGUUCUCAAAAGACUUAUGUGAAUUAACGGAAAUUUGAAUUUUUGUCAAUUAACGGAUAGUUUAGUGCUUGUUGUUUGAUGGCAAUGGGUGGAGGAUCAGAUGAUGCGACGGUUGAUGAUAGCAUCGGGAGCAUAGUUUGGGUUAGGAGGAGAAAUGGGUCUUGGUGGCCCGGAAGGAUUUUGGCUGCCAAUGAGCUUUCCCUUUCACAUCUGAUGUCUCCUCGAUCUGGAACGCCUGUAAAGCUUCUUGGUAGAGAAGAUGCCAGCGUGGAUUGGUACAAUUUGGAGAAGUCCAAGCGAGUAAAAGCUUUUCGUUGUGGGGAGUUCAAUGACUGCAUCAUAAAGGCAGAAUCUUGUGCUGGUGCUCCCACAAAGAAGAGAGAAAAAUAUGCUCGUCGUGAAGAUGCUAUUCUUCAUGCUCUUGAACUCGAGAAACAGCAAGCUGAGAGAAGAAAAGGAUCCACAUGUCCUGAAGUAGUUAGCUCAGAUGGAAAGGAAUGUGUUACUUUAGCAGAGCAAUCAAAAAAUUGUGAUAAGAGCCAGUAUGCUCCUGAUGAUUGCAUUUACAGUGAUUUUCUGGAUGCUGAGAAUUCUGGUGUAUCAGGUCAGAAUACAAUCACAGAGUUUAGUUCCAGACAAAUGGCCAUCCAAAAAGUAAGACAGGAAAAUGAGAUAAACAGGGACGAUGAUGGAAUUGAAGGCAUGCCUAGGAUGAGGGGGUUGCAGGACUUUGGGUUGAGAAUUGCCCAGACAAAGAAGAAGCCUAUUAUAGCCAUGGUUUCUGAUGUUAUGGGAAAAGUAGUCCCUGCUGAGAACUGUGCUUGUAGUGCUUCUUGUAUUGCUAGUUCCACAGAAAAUGAGAGCUUUAUCAUCAACAAUAAAGGGUCCUUAAGCUAUAAAAGGAAAAGAUCUCAUGUGGGGCAUACAGAUGAGCUCCUUGUCAAGAGACGUGAUCGACGCCGGCCACUUACACAGGUUCUACAAAGCAGUGAAAAAUUACCAGUAUCUUGUUCCUCUGAUUGUGGUUGCAGUAUGCAUGAAUUAGUUCAGCAAGAGGGAAAGCAGAGAGGAAUGCAUCUUUUGGCACCAAAGCAUGUGAAGAAUUCAAGCUUUUAUACACUUCCUAAUAAUAAUUCAAAUUGCACAGGAAUUUCUCCUAAAAGGCAGAUGUCAUUUCAGGUUUCUCAACGUGUAUGUCAAAUCAAAGAGAAGCCUUCUCAAUCUCAUUCUUUGAUGGCUGAUAACACCUAUGGUGAUUUGCCAGAGCAGCAAAAUUCAAUCUCUAGUGAAAAAAUUGAUCUAGAUUCAGUUGAUCAAGAGGGUGACACCACAUUUACAGAUUCCCAGGUUCUAUCAAUUCCAAUAUCAAAGAAUUUUGCAAAUGAGCUAGACAGAAGGCAUUGUGAAGAUCCCAUUCAAGGCCAAACGAGUUUGAUUAACAAGACUGAACUUGAUCAGGCCAAUUUCUCUAGUUCCUUUUCAAGGCAUAAGUCUGCUGAGAAGAUCAAAUGUGCUGUUGCUGAUGCAGGUGUUUCCAAAUGGCAGUUGAAAGGAAAACGUAAUGCAAGAUACAUGAAUAAGAGGAAAUUAUAUAGUACUAAUGAGAGGACUUUGGUUGAGAAGGACAAUAAAUGCAGAGUGGUUAUUUCUGCAAAAUCUUCUGAAGACAAGCUUUAUGUAAAUGAGGAACCUAAGACAGAGACAGUGUCUGGGAGUGCUUCAGUGGAACCUGAAGUCUCUCCUAAGAUUGAGAGGCAGUUAGGCAAUUGUUUUAUUCCUGAAUGCCAUCAAAUAUAUGAUUCUGCUAAAAGCAAUAGUAUGGACUUUGCUGAUGAAAGACAACAAAGAACAGGAAGUUCACCACCGAGGAAAAAGGCAGAGGUAAAGAGUCUUUUAAGUCAAGAAAUUUUUGAAGAUCCUAUGCAAGAAAAAAAAUCUGUAGGCAUUUCACAUCAAAAUUCUCAAUUUCUUUUGCCACCAUCAUGGGAAAUUAGAAAGCAGGAGUGUUUACCUUUUGAUGAAUUGCUGCAAAAUCAACAGUUACAUCAGACUGACAGCAAACAAGCUCUCUGGGAAACAAAUUCAGAAGGAUUUGAUUCGGAAACUUUUCCAAGGCCAGUGUGUGAAGCACUAAAAUCUUUAGAUCAAAUCCAAUUCAAACAAUCUGAUUCCUUAAGGAUCCCCAAGUUUCUGCAAUUAUCAGAACCAACUUCAACAGAAUCUAGCUUGUUCGAUGUGCAGAUUGAUGUGCGAGCAAGCUAUAAAGGGGAGCAUGUUCCUUUAGUUUCUUUGAUGAGUAAAUUUAAUGGGAAGGCCAUUAUAGGGCAUCCUAUUGCUGUUGAGACUCUGGAAGAUGGUUACUCUGAUAUUUUUCUUGCAGAGGAUGGCUACUUAAAUGAUUCUGUUACCAAGUUUCAGUCAUAUGGUUUUGAUAAAGUUAAAGGUGGAGCACUUCAACCUGUGUGGCGAACGGCAAGAAGAACUUCAAUGCAGCGUAACCGUCGACCUUCUUCCUUGUUGAAUGACAAUUCCAAUUCAUCACAGUAUCUAACCCAUGGAAAUAGACAAUCACUGGGGAAAGUUUAUCCAGGCAUUCUUAAUCAUAAAAUUCGAUAUAUCAGGAAGAAUAUGCGUUAUUCUACGUUAGAUAAGAAACUACCUAAGAGAUUCUUGAAAAAUGUUGAUUUGCCAUCACGGAAGACAAGGACAUUGUCUUCUAUAACUGUUGAACAUAAUUUAACAAAUGAGACUAAUGAAUCAACCCACCCAAUUAAAAUGGCUGAAGUUGCUCCAGUUAGUUGUAUUCCAAUCAAACUUAUAUUUAGUAGGAUAAAAGAAGCAGUUGGCAGUACAUCAAAAUCAGGGAGUCAUAGGUUGUCACACACCAGUUUAGCUGUGGAGAAACCAAAAUAGGCACUUUGGUUAGAGAAGUAUGAGAUGGACCAAUUUAUUGUAUCUUGUUAAAUCCCUGUACCUCAUUUUUGCAGCUUUCAGAUAAAUUAUAUUCUAUGCAGGGUAAGUGCGAAGCAUCUCGCUCUAAUUGUAGCAGAUAGUCAAGAAUACAGUUAUGGCAUGAAUGGAUUUGCAUAAAAAUGAGACCUGGAGUCUAGAAAAUCCUAUUUCCAUCAUAUCAAUGUGAAGCCAUGAAGAUUGCACAGGCUUCAUCCUGCAUUUUAUGUUGCAGUCUGAUGGUAUGCUUGAUCUUAUGAGUGUAACUUUCUGUAUGAUAUUGAGAUCUUUAAUUUCUAGUUGCAUCAAAUGAUUGCUUCUUCAUCAUGCAUUGAGAUUUAGAAGUAGUAGCAUGACAUUAUCAGUUGGAUACCAAGAUAUAUUAUGUCAACUUUCCCGUAACUAAGAAAAUAUUAUGGUGGAAACAGAUUUUUUUCAA